GCCGUUAGCCGAAUUUUGACAGAACUUCUAAACAAUUUGUUAAAAUUUUUAUUUAUUUGUUGUAAAUUUGUGUGUUUAUACCGAAAAUAAGAAAAACAAAAACAAAUAAUAUUAUAAAUAAAGUUAUUUCUUUAAGAAGGACAAAGUUUCCAAAAUCAAUGUUUCCAUUUUUUCCCUCUUUGCGACCACCAAUUGCAAAUCACAUUUGGUUUGAACUGGAUGCUCCCGUUAACGAAGAAGCUGAAAUUCUUCAAUACGAAAGGGAUCAACAUAAAUGGAUAAAUUCUAUCUCAAAUGCUGCUGCUGAUAUUCACCCUUUGGGUAAGGUACAAUCUUUGCCUGGACCAGAGACAGACGAUGAGGACGCAAAUGAUGAAAGUGAUGACUCCGAUAGUCAUGACGAUGAUGAUGACGAUACCAAUGAUCGAGUUAUACCAACUCAACCAGAACGGUCGGCGCUUGGGCUAUAUUCCCCUGGUGAUGAUGUUCCCAUGAACGAGGAAGGAACAUCUACACAAAAUACUUAAUUUUGUUUUAUUUGUGUGUAGUUCUUUGUAUGGAAAUCAUAUUUUUAAGUUAUAAACUAUCAUGUACCGUAUUAAAUAAAAUGAGCAUAAGGACAAGGAA